AUGUGCCGCCUCCUCCUGGCCUGCGCGGGCGACGGCGCCGACGACAUCCCGCUGGACUCGCUCGUCAAGGCGAAGUCCACCACUCGGUCGAAGCUCUUCGGCCUGCAGCGCGGCGAGCGGCUCCACGGCUUCGGCGUCGCGUGGCUCCCGGUGCGCGGGCCGGCGGGCUGCGUCGUCACGCUCCGGCCGCCGCUCGACGACCUGAACGUGCGCCGCGUCGCCGCGGCGGCGGGUGGCCGCGUCGCGCUCGCGCACGUGCGGAGCUGCGCCUGCGACAGCUGCCCGGCGACGACGUACUGCCCGGCGUCGGAGCCGAACUGCCAGCCCUUCGCGCGCGGAGAAUUGGUCUUCGCGCACGUCGGCAUCCUCGCGCACCACCGCGCGCUCGCGAAGAGCGGCGGCGAGGCCGCGCGGCGCGCGGACGCCGCGGGCGCGCUGGACUGCGGCAACUCGGACAGCGCGUUCCUGUUUCGCGUCUUCGUCUCUCUGUACGACGAGACGCGGGACGUCGCCGCGGCGCUGCGGCGGCUCGCGGCGCUCGUCGCCGCCGACGCGCCGCCCUCGUCGCUGAAUCUCGUCGCGGCCGACGGCGCCGGCGCGGUCGCGCUGCGGUUCCGGUCCCCGGGCGACGGCCGGCCGCCGCCGCCGCUCUGGUACGCGCGCGGGAAGCGCGGCGGCGUCGUCGUCGCGUCGGCGGCCGUGCGCCGCGACGACGUCGACCCCGGCGCCUGGGCCGAGGCCCCCGCGGGGACGCUGCUCCGGUGGACGCGGGCCGGCGGCCUCGAGGCGACGCG